AUGUCAAGUGUACAAGAACAAGACCAUUAUAACGAUGUUAUGAGUAGUGACGGUGAGGAUGAUGAUGAUGUUGAGAUGCUAGAUUCUGUGAAUGAGGAUGCAACUGUUGGUUGUGCACCUGCACCAGUUUCACGUGGAAAGAAACAUAAACUUAGAUCCCAAGUUUGGGAAUUUUUUAAACUCGUUAAAUAUAAAGAUGGAACAAAGAAGGGAGUGUGCAAGGCUUGUAAUGCAGGAUAUAAAUAUGAAAGCCAAAAAGGUGGAACCUCAGCCAUGAAAAGGCAUAAAUUCCCUAACCGUCAGUCUCAGGACGUAGGGCAGAUGAUAUUAUCUGCAAAGAAUGGCCAGUUGUCUACCCGCGUACGCAAAGUUGAUCAGAUGAAAUUAAGGGAUCUGUUUUCAGCAUUACUCAUUGCAAGAAAUGUUCCAUUUGCUUUGGUGGAGUGGAAAGAAUUUAGAGAUAUAUGCAGGAUAUAUCUAACAUCAGACAUGUGGACUUCUGCAACGACUACUGGAUAUAUAAGCUUAACUGCGCACUAUCUUGAUCAAGAUUGGGUGUUGCAAAAAAAGCUUCUGAAUUUCUUUCCCCUUCCACCGCCUCAUACAGCUCUUAUUGUAAAAGAAGGACUUAAGAAGAUUGAUCCAGCCGUGCUUAAGAUAAGUGCGUCAGUGAAGUCCCUUAAAAAGUCCCAAGUAAGAAAACAAAAAUUCUUGGACAUUGUUGAUACUUUAGGAAUGUCUGGAAUAAAAAGGGGUAUUCGUCAAGACGUAAAUACAAGGUGGAAUUCAACUUAUCUUAUGUUAGAUAGUUGUAUCCUGUAUAAGCCAGUUUUCUCUCAUUUGAAGUUGGUAGAUUCAGACUAUGAAGACUGUCCAACUGAUGAAGAAUGGGAACAAAUUGAAGUAGUCACAAAGUUUCUCAAGAAAGAAAGCAGAAAUGAUGAAUUCAUUAGGAACAUGGUAAAAGAGAUGCAAGCAAAAUUUGAUAGUUAUUGGAAGGAGUUGAGUCCUAUAUUGGCUAUGACAGUUGUGUUAGAUCCUAGAUCGAAAAUGAAUUUUGUGAAAUUUACUUACUCCAAGUUGUAUCCUGAGGUGAGAGAAUUAGGACGUGAAGUUAAUAAAGUGCGUAGUAAUAUGACAGCACUUUUUAAUGAGUAUUACACCUUGUCAAGUUCAACAGCUUCCAACAGUUGUGCAACUCAAAAUUUGGGUAUUCAAAAUGGUGGGAAUUCUGCUGCCGAAGAAGGGAGUGAUUUUUUCCAGGAAUAUGUUGCAACACAGGAACGUGGUGGUGAUGUACUAACUGACUUGUCAGAGUUAGAUGGAUAUCUUGGCGAGUCGUACAGAGGAAAAGAAGAUAUGGAUGAGAACAAUGGGAUUAUUGAAGAAGAUGUAUUAGGAUUUGAACAUGAUGCAGUGGAGGAUGGGGAAGUGGAGGAUGUGGAGGAAAUUCUAGCUUUUACUAAGCGCCCAUAUAAGAUCUACUAA